AUGGCGUCCAGGCUGGUCCUCUUCACUCUUGCCGCGCUGGCUACCGCGAACCCCAUCAACCCUGGUGGUGGUGCUGAGCGGCCGGGCCGCAGACAGAUUGGAUCUGUCGGGCACCUUGCCCGCGCCGUCAUGAGUCCUCAGCAACCCAAGGUCGAGGUUCGAUUCCCCGGACCUGGUGGCCCCGGAUCCAACGGCUCGUGCGAGGACGGUGGCGAUGGCAGCAUCGGAUCGAAGGCCGAGAAGUCUAAGGACAAGAACGCCGACAAGAACGCGGACAAGAAUAAGGAUAAGAGCAAGGACAAGAACACGGAUAAGAACAAGAACAAGGACAAGAAUAAAGACUCUGGCUCCGGCUCUGGCUCCGGUUCUGGUUCAGGUUCAGGAAGCAAAAAGCCAAGCACCGGCGGUGGUUCCAGCUCUGGUGGUGGCAGCAGCGGAGGAGGCGGCGGCUCUUCCGCCAACAACGGAACAGCUCCCGGCGGCGGCGGCGGCGGUGGCGGCGGCGGUCUCCAGAAGUCUUUCCCCACUCCUGCCGGCACCGAGAACCUCGCUGAAGCUCGAACCAUCUCGGGCUCAUUCGAUGGUGCUAUGAAGAUGUUUGACCGUGUCCCGAGCACGUGCACAGGUGGCGAGGGUGGCCGCGCCGACGCAGCUUUCAUCCUCGAGGACGGCGCGACUCUGAGCAACGUCAUUAUCGGAGGCGGAGCCGGUGAGGGUGUUCAGUGCGCCGGCAGCUGCACGCUGAUCAACGUUUGGUGGGACAAGGUCUGCGAAGACGCGGCGACCUUCCGACAGACGGGCGGCACAUCCACAGUCCGUGGUGGCGGCGCACGCGGCGGCUCAGACAAGGUCUUCCAGCACAACGGCGGCGGCACUGUUGAGAUCAGCGACUUCUUCGCUCAGAACGUUGGCCAGCUGUACCGUUCCUGCGGCAACUGCGAUGGCCAGGUCGCGCGCACUUCCACGUUCACCAACAUCCACGUCGAUGGCGCUAAGACCAUUGUGCACGUCAACGGAAACCUGGGUGAUAAGGCAACGAUCAGCAACUCUUGCAUCUUGGGCGGCGCCACCGUGUGCAAGAACUCGCAGGGUGUCGAGGGUGGCGGUGAGCCUGGUGAUGCUCCCGAUGACCCGAACGUCUGCUCCCAGACUGGUGUCCAGACUUCAGGCUGCUAA